AUGUCGACAUUGAUAAGUACCGAUACUUCCAGCUUGAGAAAGGCAGAUCCCAAAGGCCGGAGUGCACUGUUGGCUGAUAUCCAGCAAGGAACUCGACUACGAAAAGUCACGCAGAUCAAUGACCGCAGUGCCCCACAAAUUGAGAGCGCUAAAGGAACAAACAAAGAAGGAGGGGGUCCUGCAAACUCUCGAGGCGGGAGCACACCCCCAGCCCUGGGAGAUCUGUUCGCGGGGGGCUUUCCAGUGCUGCGACCCGCAGGCCAGAGGGAUGCAGCAGGUGGCAAGACAGGGCAGGGCCCUGGCUCCCGAGCACCUUCUCCCCGGCUUCCCAUCAAAACUGUCAGCGGCCCGCUCAACCCCCCUGCCUCUCCCCGGCUAGGCCAUGCCCCCGAAGCGCAAGGCGGGGCCAAGACAGUCCCUCCUCGCCCGAGCAUGCCCGCCCCGCCCCCUCCCACCCCGCCUCCACCUCCCCCGCCCUUACCCCCACCCCUGCCCCCAUCCUCCCCCAUCAAAGCUGCGCUGGUGUCCCCACCUGGCCCACCCAACAAAGGGAGCCCCGCCGUGGUUCCACCCCCAGUGGUUGCACCCCCGCUGCCCUGUGCACCUCCCCCGCCGCCCCCGCCGCCCCCGCCAACUCCACCCCCGCCCCCGCCGGCCUUGGUUCUCAGUGACAAGGCAGUGAAGCCUCAGCUAGCGCCCUUGCUCCUACCACCCAUCCCACCCCCGCUCCCUCUCCUCCCACCUUGUGGGUAUCCCGGGCUCAACACGGAUGCAGGCAGCCCCGCCCAAGAUGUUCGGGAGCCUCCUGCCCCGCCGCCCCCGCCACCCCCACUUCCCCUUUAUGCCUCAUGCACCCCUAGGUCCUCUUUGCCUGCGCCCCCUUUGCCAGGCGCUAACAACAGCGGUGAAGCCCCACCCCCGCUGCCUCCCAAGUCCCCCAGCUUCCAGGCCCAGCCAGCGAAGCCCAGCGCAAGCCCUGCGGGAUCGGGAUCGCAGACAUUCCUGCAGAAGAAGAGGCCCGGCCGCGGCCCGGGGACCAGUGGGGGGAAGCUAAACCCACCCCCAGCACCCCCUGCGAGAUCACCCACCACAGAGCUUUCAAGCAGGAGCCAGCAGGCCCCAGCCUGGACCCCGGCCCCGCUGCCCGGAGGUCAGCUGCGGAACGGAAGCCUGCACAUCACUGAUGACUUUGAAUCUAAAUUCACGUUCCAUUCUAUGGAAGACUUUCCUCCCCCGGACGAGUAUAAGCCAUGCCAGAAGACUUACCCCAGCAAGAUCCCCAGAAGCCGGACGCCGGGGCCCUGGCUGCACGCGGAGGUGGCCGGACAGAGCUGCGACGACAUCAAAGGCAGAAACGCGCAGAUCUCUCUAAAGACACUGCGGUGAGAAGACAGAUGAAGCCAACAUCCUGUGAGCCACCUGGGGGUCCACAUGGCGGGGCGGGUGUCCCCAGCGGCCAUCGGACCUCACCUUUCCCAGGCUGUAAUUCAGCUGUCACAGAGGCUCGGAAUGGAGCAUCAUUCAUUGUAAAUACGCGGUUCGCACAGGCUUUAAAUCAGUAUUAUAGCCGACUUUUAGUUGAGUAAUUUAAAACACACACACAUCACCUCUCCAUUUUUUUAAAUGCAUCUUAGCAUUCAUCUGGCAACACAGAUGAAAACCCUGUCCCCACCGCAUGGAGUCCAUUCCAUGGCUGUAAAUAAGCACCCAGGCUGGCCCUCCCUAGAUGCGGAACUGUUUUUAGAAGAUCCGUAGUUUCCCAAAGACCUGGUAUCCACCACGGCUUCUUACUGGCAUGAAUUUACAUCCUCAUCACACAGACUGCAAAAUCCAACCAGGUGAUGCCUUAAGGUGACACAGCUCGCAGAGAGUGGUGUGACAGUGCCACACGGCCUCCGGGGAAGGAGAUGCCCCGUCUCACCUCCGUCUUGCUGUCCAGGGCUGCUUCUGCUGCCUGAUAUAAAUACAACACAAAGCAAAGGCAAGGCCCACCCCAGGGCCCCUUUGGAGCCGAAAGAUCUUACAAGUAGCCAAUGCUCUGACUGUUUACAGUGCCCCUCGUGCCCCAGCCUCCGCAACUCCCCUCCUGUCCCUCCAAGUCCCCAGUGCCCCCCUGGCAGCCAGGGUGAGGGGGGCUGCAGGAGAUGUCAGUAUUUGCCCCCCAACUGAGAAACCUAUGUAAGUCACUAUUAGAGUCUAUUGCUUAUUCUAUUGCAGAGGUCUUCCCCCUGCCCCCCACCUGCAGGGUUUUCCUGGAAACCCUGAAAUAUAUUCCGAAAUAUCUGCCUCAGGUAUCAGGGACCCCCCCCCUCCCCCGCCCAAGUCACCCUUAGGGAACCUGGCUCCACCCAUCAGGCCAAAGCCAGCUCCCUUCUGAGCCGGAGAGACCCUAGCUGGUCUGAGUUCCCCGGCCCCUGGGCCCCUGCGGCAGCGCCCCUGCGGGUGAAGGAGCGCACAGGCUCAAGCAGCCCUGAAUGUGGAAAGGGUCAUGACUAGCCCCAGCCCGGUGACCUGUGACCCCUUCUCACACACCCUUUUUCUGGAAGGGGCAAAGGGCCCACAGGGUGUUUCUGCUUCCUCGCUGGCUCCAGAGGUUCCCCAUUCUUAGAAGGAAACAGACUGAUCCCUGGGUUGUGCUCAAAAAUAGCUGCAGAUUAAAGGAAAUCAGGGCGGGAGAGGUUGGGAAGAGCAGUGACGAAAUAAGUUUCCUUCUCAACAAUCCGCCCAUGCAACUCACAUCUCAUGGAUAUCAGGCCCGGACCAAGCCAUCUGUAAAAGGUAGACGGUUGGCAGGGUUUUGGCAAACAUGUGACUGCACCCACCUAGCUGCUGUCCACGGUGGAGCUGGUGCCCUCCAACAUUGUGCUUUCUCGUUGCAGCCAGAAGCAGCGAGCAAGGUCACGUUCCCUUCCCUGGGGAGUACAUCAUGCCAAAUUGUAUCUGCUCAUCAGCUGUGGGCAUAAGCUGAUGCAUUUGAUUGGUCCUGCAAGGUUUCCAAAAGGUCAGAACUUCAUUAUUAUAACACUAUCCACUCCACUUCCCUCCCGGUUAUACAAAAUAAUUACAAGGGUUUUAAUUAUCGUGAUUAGGAAGGCACCAGACCAAGGCAGUUCCAUCUUCAGAGUAGACUACUUGCCUUGAUAAGAUGUUACACAUUCAUGUUCUGUGCCACGGGGAUGGAAAUUCAAAAUAAAAUCAUUCAAGGACAGAGGAAAGGAAUGAGCAGAAACCAAAAACCACAAUUAGGGAGAAAUCCCAGGAAUCUGGCAUCUCUUCCCUAGACCCAUCACUGCCUUCUUGCCCUCUCAACUCUGGUGGUGUCCACAGGACAAAGGCUUAGCCCCUGGCCCACAGUCUCCAAUGCAGAGGCAUCGAGUCACAGCGCCCCUACCAUCCUCGCAUCUCCCCGCUGGCACUGUUAUCUGUGACUCCCCUGGUGUUUCACGUGUCUUUUCUAUUUAUUGAUGUUCCCUCUGCAGAUUCAUUUCUUUGUACCCAACAAACUUUAAUAAAUGGGAAUGCUUCCAGUCA